AGAAAAAAAAAUGAAGUAAAAAUCAUGUUUGGAUUUUUCUGUGCUUAUUUCUUCUGCUUCAAAAACAACCAGCUACCAAAAGGUCAUUUUAUAAGGGGAAACUAAAAUAGAUUAUACAGACAGAUGAAAUAUACUGUCCUUUUAGACCUGGUUUUUCAGAAACUCCUAUCUUGCAGUAAAACCUAGUAAAAAUGGUUAUUUUUUUAAAGUCAUUCUCCCAUAAGAGGGAAUUCUAGGUUCAAUUAAGCUCAUUAGCGCCUUGACAUUUUUCCCUUGCAGAAGAGCAGAUAGCAAAUGAGAGAACAGUCUAUUUCAACUAAAGCACAGAUCAUUUAUCGUCCUGAUGUACAAAAUUUUACUGCUUCAUAGAAAUACUUGCAAACCGCAGAGAGCAAAGUAAGCAUAUAAAGCACUGAUGCACUGACCUAAGAGCAGUAUUUACCUCUCCAGUGCCUGAAGAGAACUCACAAGCACUAGGCUGCAGCAUGAUUUGUUAUUGCUGGUCACCUUGCACUAACUUCUAUGCAUGGAAAUUGAACAUAGAAUGCUACCUACGUAUCAGCUUGUUUUGCUCUGGACUGGUAUUUCUCUCUGAAGCUGCACCACUGGUCUCCCACGGCUCUGUUGAUUCCAAAUGCCCUCUCAUGGUGAAAGUGCUGGAUGCAGUCAGAGGAAGUCCUGCAGCUAACGUAGCUGUUAAAGUCUUUAAAAAGGCUGCAGAUGGAACCUGGCAGGACUUUGCUACUGGGAAAACCACAGAGUAUGGUGAGAUCCAUGAGCUCACAACAGAAGAACAGUUUGUAGAAGGAGUAUACAGGGUUGAGUUUGACACCAGUUCAUACUGGAAGGGACUUGGCCUUUCCCCAUUCCAUGAAUAUGCUGAUGUGGUGUUCACUGCUAAUGAUUCUGGCCACCGCCAUUAUACCAUCGCUGCUCUCCUCAGUCCUUUCUCUUACUCAACAACUGCUGUUGUCAGUGAUCCCCAGGAAUAAAAACAUACUGUCAAUACAUAU